CUCUGGUGUCCUGGACUGUGCUGAAAGGCGCCUGACGCUGCUGAGAUGCUGACCAUCCAGGAUACCUCCUGUUGGCAUAAACAGGAUGGUAUUGUAAAUGGGGCACAAACAGCAAGUGCUGCAGAAAGCGUGAAAAGGACGUUGAAUGGCCACUUGCCUGAUGGGCACUCCCCACUGUCCCUGUGGGUGCUGACGUGGAGGGCCGGGCGUGAGUUCACCCUGCCGCUUUGGUCAGGCAGUUUGGAGGGCGUUUGGGCAUUGAAGGCAGAGCUGGAGCUGGAGUCCGGCUCUUCUGGUCCCAGGCCUGCUUUUCCCCAACUCUACCCCCAUCACCGUGGGACAGCUGCCUCCCACGGCCCUGAGAGCCUCAGCGACUGUCUCCUGGUUCCCCCUGGGACACCUAACAGUUCACUUGUUAAGGAGGCAGGUCCAAACAGCUUGUUCCCCCGGUGCACAGGACCUGAGCUGCUGCCGUGGGGUGCUGAGUGCGCUGUUUGGGCUCUUGCGAGUCUGCAGCCUCAGCUGUUGGUGCGGAGCAGCAGCCAGCAUUGCACGGGUGGUUCCUGUCCCGCAGGGCGUGGCUCCGAGCCAGAAAGCUCAGAGCUGGUUCCCAUGAUCAGCAGGAGCAGCUGUGUUGGUUUCCAUGUGGUGAAGGGACCCGGGGACCUGGGGGGGGUGAUGCUGCUGGCGUGCGGGGCCAGGGGGCAGGGUGGGGGCAUCGGCACUCCUGUCCCGCUACGGCUCCCACUCGCUGAGUACUGGGCGCCGCCCCACGCUGUUAGCUUUGUCUGCCUGUUCUCGGAGGCGGUUUUGGGCAGAGGGGAUGGCUCCCGUGGUUGA